GACAAGAGAGACCUUUUCCUUUCUUUCAGAGAUAAAUUGUAGGUAUCGGAGGAACAAUGAAACCGUCAUCGCGAACGUGCGUCUGUUUCGCUUCAGUACUGAAUUCUACUUGGUUUUCUUCGUAGAAUAUGUGGUGAACCGUUAGAUCGUGCAUUACACAGCCAAYAGUGGAUCUCGAGACAUUGGACUGUUUCGAAGACUACAUUGURCCUUCGUUCGUAGCAAUACCAAUCGAAACAAGUGAUGAAGGCAUGUAUGGACUGUCUCACUCAUAUUGUAUUGUAUUGAUUCUUUUUCUCUCCGGGCGAUCUCGGACACGAAAAACGAAACGAACUACGAUAUCAACCAAAUUGAUGGACCACAACUAUCACACGCAACAACCAAAAUAAAACGUAGAACGAUCGAGACAAAAUAUYACUUUGAAAGCUAAGCACGGGAAGAGACUUGGAGGGUUUUUACCACUCCUUUCGGGGGAGAGUUCUUUUUUCCGUUUAUCAAACAAAUAUAAAUUAUUCAAAGCGUAGCUUUUGGUGAAGCGAAGGGCACACGAUAUUCCAAUAUAAAUUAUUCGAAAGAAAGCGACAAUCCUCUUCUUACUUCCUACRCAUUUGCUGUAAGUUGAUACUAUUUUUGAUCCAGAAAUCAGUAUGACGGCAGCACACACAAUGGUCAGGCCUCCUCCACCCCCGCCUCCCAAGAAUCGCCCAAUCCCACCGAGAAAAUCUCGCCCGCCUCCCCCACCCCCGAAGAGAACGCUAAAGCCACCUCCGCCACCUCCUUCUUCCUCCUCUAGAACUGGUCGGUCACCGCCCCCACCUCCACCCCCAAGAGUGACCCCAGGAGUKAGUGGGGACUCCCCUAGCACCAAUGGAAUCAAGCGUGAUCGCGACGUGAUCUCUUCCUCUGCACUGCCCAAAAAUCCUGUUCAAAAUGUUCCCCUCCAAAAGAAACCGCGCCUCUCCAGUCGUAGCUCUGUUUCUAUUAGGGCACCUGCCGUCAUGAGAGAUGUGGAUGCCUUCGAAAAGAAAUUCCAGGUCGGCGAGGGAACCUACGGAAGUGUGUUUGUGGGAAGAGACAAGGUCUCGAACGARAUUGUAGCCCUCAAACGUAUUAAUACAGAACAAGAGGAAAAUGGAUUUCCCAUUACGGCACUUCGCGAGGUGAAACUUCUCAAGGGACUCAAGCAUGAAAACAUGGUCAUUCUCAAGGAAAUCGUUUGCUCCAAUGGUACGUAGAAGGUAGCACUCUGCAACCACACUUUCGUACGAAGGCCCACAUCAUUGUAUUUGGUCUGAAUCGUUGGUCGGCGGGAUAUAUUCUUUUCACGAAGUCCUCUAUUUUGCCCCACGAGUGACUCCGUAGUUCAACCUGCCGAAAGGAAAAUGCUUGAAAAAGCAGUAUCAUGGACAAUUCUUGGAUUUUGUGCCUUGCCCAGCAUACCUCCCAUUUGCGUCACCGAGACAGCUCUAUUGGAUUCGUUUGCAGUGGCUUGCGAUUUUGUUGUAUGUUUGCAUUAUCACAAUGAAAACACGUGUAUUCGGACUUUUCAUCUMAUGUUGCCUCUUUCUUUUGGAUGUGUACAAUGAUUCUGAUCGAAAUUACGCUUCAUCACACAAUCCAACUGAAGAGCACGGUUCGAAUGGGUCGCUUCCGAAAAAUGUCUUUAUGGUCUUUGAGUAUCUCGAAUACGACCUGACWGGUGUUUUGGAAACUCCCGAAAUCCGGCUAACUCAAGAUCACGUAAARUCUUGGUCUCGUCAACUUCUCCAAGGAGUCCACUACAUGCACAAAAAUAAAGUAAUUCAUCGUGAUCUCAAAGCAUCGAAUCUUUUGAUCAACCGAAAAGGUGAACUCAAAAUUGCUGAUUGGGGUCUUGCCAGGAGCUGGAAUCCAGAAAUGAAGCGGUUGACUAACAAGGUCAUCACGUUGUGGUACCGACCACCCGAACUCUUACUGGGUAUGAUUGAUUACAGCACGAAGAUUGACAUGUGGAGUGUCGGCUGCAUUGUCGCCGAAAUGUUYCGAAGGUCUGCCUUUCUCAAGGGAAGAAACGAAGCCCACCAACUGGAACUGAUUUAUAAAGUGUGCGGAACCCCAAACACGCAAGAUUGGCCYGAGUUGAAGACGAAGUGCAGACUUUGGAAAAACUUCGCACCUAAGCCAAACGACACUAUCUAUCCCAGCCGGCUUCCCCAGGUCCUACGGGAAAAUCUACCGAAUCCAAAAUGGAUGACUGAUGCCGCCGUCGACUUGAUUGGAAAACUCAUGGAAGAGAAUCCAGCGAAACGAUGGUCGGCCGAGCAAAGUCUAGAUGCCGAUUAUUUUUUCGAAAACCCCGUUUUCAAGAGAGCUGAAGACCUUAACAUGAAGUUUGCCGUGGCAAGUGUUCACGAAAUGGGUAAGUGCAACUAUWAUUGUUCUKUCGUGUUCGUUCACAACGUCACAACGAUUUCUCAASUAACUUAUCUUUUUUCGUUCUCGGUUGGUGUUGUUCAGACUGUCGAAAAAAAUUCGAGCAGAACGAAGCUAAGCGCCAAGCCCAAAUCGCAAAAGCUCGAAAUCAAGCUGCUUUCGCUAGAGGCGGCAACUGAUACAUAUCCUGAAAUAUCUGCCUCUGUCCAACAAAUGUCAACAUAACUU